GAAGGCAGCCUCAGAUGAUGAGAGUGGGUCAUCAGCUGCAGACAGGCAGGUGUGGUCGAGACAUUCCUGGGUUCCAGCUACUCCACCGGGACAGAAACAACGUUUGCCGCGGAUAUGUAAACACGACCCGGCGACAGACCAACAAGUACAAGUAAAUGACCAAACACUGGACCCAGCACGCAGAGGAACUGGACUGAAAUGAAAGGAGGGGCUCAAAUGAAACUCUGCAGAUGUAACCACGACUGAACUGCAGAGAAAAAGAGGAACGUCUCCUAUUCUCGCUUCUCCUUUUUUAUUAAAAAAGGUGGUGGUGGAUUUCAGGGCAAUAACACCCGUCCAUUUGGCUGUCAGAGCAACAACCACCAGAUGCAAAAUCCCCCAUCAUGCAUCCUUUGGUUUGAAGGCAUAGGCCUCUGCAUUAAAGGAGAGGAGACCGUUCACUGACACAACUGUGGAUGUCAGAAAAUCAGCGAGUUAGUAUAGAAACCGUUGGAAAUCCCCGGCUGGAGUGUCAUCGGGUGGAACUGGAACUAAGGUGCGACCACGCGGCCGCUCUCAGCAUGAAUCAUACAUGCAGAAAUCUCCAGAAACGGAUGUGCUCCCACCGUGAAUCCUACCAGACAUGAUGUGAACUUCUGAACCGAAACUCCCAAAAAGUUGCAGAGAAAAUUCAACUGGAAUGUCGUCUCAUUGGCGCGGGAAUGCCUGUGAUUUUUGGACAAACUCUUGUGCUGCUCUGAGCUCGUAGCAUGAGGAGGGAAUAAUAAAAGGAAACACCGGGGAGAUCAGGAAUAUCGCCUCGUCUUAUGAAACUGAUUUGACUUGGGAAUACAGUGCGAGGCCUUCCACAUGGCGGGGAAGGACUACAAUCAUCUCUUUAAACUGCUCAUCAUCGGAGACUCCAAUGUGGGGAAAAGCAGCCUGCUGCUCCGCUUCGCAGACAACUCCUUCUCUGGCAGCUACAUCACCACCAUCGGGGUGGACUUCAAGAUCCGCACCGUGGACAUCGAUGGAGAGCGGGUGAAGCUGCAGAUCUGGGACACGGCGGGGCAGGAGAGGUUCAGAACCAUCACCUCAACGUACUACAGAAACACCCACGGGGUCAUUAUAGUUUACGAUGUGACAAAUCCAGAGUCUUUUGUAAAUGUUAAGAGGUGGUUAAACGAAAUCUCCCAGAACUGUGACAACGUCUGCAAGAUCCUGGUGGGAAACAAAAGUGACGACCCCACCCGGAGACAGGUGGAUACCCAGGAUGCAAUGCGUUUUGGGGAGUCAAUGGGGGUUCGGGUGUUCGAGACCAGUGCCAAAGAAAACAUAAAUGUGGAAGAGAUGUUCAUGGCCUUCACCCACAUGGUGCUCCGGGCCAAGAAGCAGAGCCAGAACCGAGCGGAGCGGGAGCGAGAGCGGGAGAAAGACACGGUGAACAUCAACUCCCACCGAGACCGGGACCGCCGGAAGAGAGCGAAGAAAUGCUGCUGAACAGACUCCACCACGAAGAGCAUUCAGACAAGAUGGGGGAAAACGUGCCUUAGGAGAAAAGUCUCUGCGUGUCAAACUGCAGACGUUUGGAAGUGUGGCGUUCACUGGCUGCAGGUGGAGAGGGGACCUGAGGCAGAGGGUUUACAGUCUGUCAGCACUGACUGCAUGUAGCAGCCUGGAGGGUCAACGAGUUAAAGGAUCCUUCUGGGGGUUUUCUGUGAAACUUUAGCCCAUUUACUACCACAAUCACAUUGUAGAUGCUAUUUGGACGCUGCAGAGCAGAGCCAAGACUCUUAGCUCAUUAGAAAAACACAAAGCGUGCCCUUCAGGUGUCAGAGCAGAAAUAAGAGUGAAACACAGGUAAGUGUUCACACAAGGAUAAUAGGAACACAACAUCUAAGUAAAGUAGUAGUAUAAAAAAAAGAAAUAGGAUUGCUGUAGCGUUUCCUGUAUUUUGCUCUGCUGCCGUGCAGAUGGAGACUUUCUUGGUAAGUCAGACAGCUCUAGAAAUGAAUGCUCAGAUUUGCUGUUGAAAAUACCAUCUAUAGAUCAGUGUUUGCAUACACUUUUUUUGUUUGUAACGGGACUCUACUAAUAACUUUUCAAAGUCUUUUAACCUGCUAAUUAGUUUCUAGAUUAAUUUAAAAUGACAUUGGUGAAAUAUUUCCCAGGUGAUGCUACCAGAUGUUUUAUUUAAUCCAAAACAAAUACAUUUUCAACAUAGUUUUCACAAAUUAAAGCUCAGAUUAAUUUGAAAUGUUGAUAUUCAGGCGUGCAAGAUUAUCUCAGCGUUUGGGUGACCUCUUACUUCCUUUGCUGCCAACAUAACGUUGAACACAAGAAAUGUUUAAAGCUAUUGGACAGAUGCCAUGAAAUGUAGUGCGCUUUCUUUCACAGUAUGUGUUUUGCCUCACCAGAUGACGGAUAUAAGACAGACCUGAAGACAUCUACAUGUCAAUAUGUACUCAUAGUGAUAGCUCCACAAGCAAGCAACAGGAAGUGACCGCUAUGAGACUCACUUUAAGCGCUUUACAUGCCGGAUGCAGUGUUGUCUACGCCUGAUGUACGGGAAACUACGCACAAUUACCAAGUGCUCUUUAUAAUAAAAAAUGUACACAGGAAGUGGCAAUUAAGUCCUACCAGCAAUUCUCAAAAUGCAUAAAAGAUUCCAGAACACAAAGCAAAAGUCCAAGUGGAAAUGUAGUAACUCAAUUGGCUUUUUUUCCCUUGCAACUGUGAUGGUUAUUACAGAGAUCAAAUUGUUGCCUUUUAUCAACAAAACAAAUCGUAAAGAUGUCUUAUGAAAACCAAAUCAAAUAUCUUUGUACCCGGGGUAUUGUGAUGAUAAUGACUACGUUCACAAAAUAUAUAUUUUUGAUCAAUAAUUAUAAAUGGAUUGAAUGAAUUAGUAGUUAAAAGGAAACAAUAUAACACCUAGGAAAGUACAUACAUUUACUGUGACGCAGCCUUUACAACUAGGAAAAGACAACACAAUAUUACGAUAUCCGAAACCAGAGACGAUAUGGAGUCUGUUGUCGAAAUAUUGAUAUAUUAGGCAGCCCUAUUUUUAGAUAUGGAUUAAAAGCGUGUGGUUGUGGUGUAUGAGCUAAAACAUCUAAUCUCCGGUACGGUCCUUUAACUUUGCACUAGUAAACCACUGUUAUGUGCCAAUGUUUUAUUUUUUUGUUUUGUCUUAAUACAGUAAACGUAUUUACCACUGAAAGGGAACUGGGUGUUACUAAAGUGUAACCUCACACUAACCUGUGUGAUGGGUCAGCCUUAUUUCAGUUAGAGUGAGGCCUGUAAUCCAAGACUAGUGUGUGUGUGUGUAACAACGCAGUACAGGCCCAAAAUGUUCAUUAGUAUAUUAUUGUUUUUUUAAUAAAAAUCUGUU